UGAAAACAAAUAAUUUACGUUUUCCUCUGAUUUGAACUUCACUUUCCCGAAUCCUCAUCUCUCUUUUCCACGAAAAUUCUAACCAUUUUCCGAGUUUCUUCUUCAAGUACCCAAAGACGGGAACUUUACCAUGUGAUAGAUUUUCUUUCCCCUUCGUCUGAUUUCUCGCUUCUGUUUGAUCGGCGAGAAAAUGGGACAACAGCAGUCGAAGGGUGAGCUUCUUUAUCAACAAGUGAGGUACGGCAAUGCAGAAGGGAUCAAAACCCUUCGCAAAGACGGUGCAGGCCUCGAGUGGACAGAUCGAGAAGGGAAAACGCCAUUGAUCUUAGCCUGCAUGUACGCUGAGCUAUAUCAUGUCGCAAAAACCCUGAUUGAGCUGGGUGCCAAUGUUAAUGCUUACCGACCCGGUUGUCAAGCCGGAACUCCUCUGCACCAUGCUGCAAAAAGAGGUCUCGAGAACACUGUUAAGUUACUUCUUUCAUCCGGCGCGAAUCCACUGGUUUUGAACGACGGUCGCCAGACGCCACUCGAGGUUGCUCGAGCUAAAGGGUACAGCAAUGUUGUGCGUGCAAUCGAGAGUCACAUCUGCUUGUUUUCUGGUUGGAUGAGGGAAUUAUAUGGCCCUGGCUUCCUCGAAGUAUUUGCUCCUCAGCUUCUUUCAAGAAGAGUAUGGGUUGUCAUCUUACCGACAGGCUCGAAAAACCCGACUAAGCCUUUCAAGCUGGAGCUAGCUUUGUAUGCUCGUCCGCAGGAUGCUCGGCCGAGGACAGUGAUGGCGUUGUGGAAAGCCAAUUUGGAGGAGUCGGGACCACACCAGUCUGAUUCUUCAGUGAUGAUCAUCGAUAACUCGACAAUCCCGAGCCGCAGGAGACAGAGGCGAAGGGCCUGCUCCUCCCACGGGAGGCAUUGGCCUCAAACUGUUAGGCAAACGCGUCUUAAACUCUCACCUGGAAACGAGGGUGACGGGCAACAGCUUCGGUGGUUUUGUGAUGCGUGUAAAGGAAUUCCACUGCCAAUGCAUCCACCGGCGUUUCUGCAAUCAGCAACGAACGAGAGGCCGCCCAAUUUAGAUCGCUGUUCCAUCGAUCAAGCCAGUUCAUCAACCGGUCCACCUCCUCCUCCUCCUCCUCCUCCUCCCGAGGCAAGUGCCAGUCCCCAAGAGCCUGAACCAUCGGCUCCCCCCUUGGAGGACGGUCCCAUUCACUACCCAUCCAUAGACUCGAGCCCUGUCGAAGUCCCUGUAACGUUAAACGGCGAAAAGAGAGAAGGAGAUGGAAGCUCGGGGCUCUGCGCGAUAUGUCUGGACGCCCCGUCGGAAGCUGCUUGUGUCCCCUGCGGACAUGUCGCUGGAUGCAUGUCUUGCUUGAAUGAGAUCAAUUUCAUAAACUAGAUCAGAUUAUUGAUCAUUUGCUAUUUAUUUUUCAUAUCGAAUAAUUUUUUUUUGAUAAUUUGAAAGUUAAUCGAAUAUUUGACCCAAUUACAUCUAA